GAAUUAUCACAGAGUUCACCGGAAGAUUAUGGUCCAGUCUUUGGGCAGGGUUGGUGUUUUGGUGGUGAUUAUUGGCACUCUGGCAAUUAUCGCUAAUUUGAACGGUGAUACUAUGAUUGUGGAGGCAAUGGCGUACAUUCUUCUAGCCAUGAAUUCGGCCGUUUGCCACCAGACGAUUGAAUUGGUCAAAAUGUUGAAAAUCCGCUUUGUGAUAUUGAACAAGCAAAUCAAUAACUUGAUCGAAUAUUUCCAAAAAAAUAAAAUAGGUCCCGUUGAGACCAAAGGCACAAACAAGCAGUUGAACACGCUGAAUAAAAUUUGUGCCCUUCACCACCACUUAUCCAAAUUGGUGAAACUGUUCAAUGAGACAUUCGGGAUCGUUUUGCUUCUUAUGUUUGGGGUCAGUUUUGUUGUUAUCGUCAUUACGAUAUUUUUUUUCACGGCUAAUGUCCAAGCGGGCGAACUGUAUUUCAUGAGCUUGCUAAACCCUAUUUUGUCUAAUGUUACGUUCGUUAUAGACGUUGUGUAUGUUUGCGAUGUGUGUUAUUCAACAAUUGAAGAGGCAAAUAAAGCGGGCGAACUUAUUCAUAAAAUUGACACCGAAGAUCACGAUAUUAGAGACGAAAUUGAAAUGUUCUCCCUGCAAAUUGCCAACGAGCAAGUGGAGUUUAACGCAGCUGGGUUUUUCGCAAUUAAUUACACUUUGGUUUUCUCCAUCCUUGGAGGUGUCACCACUUACAUCAUCAUAUUAAUUCAAUUAGCCACAUCACUUGCCGGACAAUAAAAAAGUUUUUUGUUGCAAAGUUGGUACAGUUU